AUGGAACUCCCUUCGAUUAAUAGUACGACUAGUAUCUCCGAUAAUGCAGAAUUAAGAAAUUAUUAUGAUAACUUAUUAUUUAAAAAUAAUAGUGGAAGAUCAUUAGCGGAUUUACCAAGAAAAUCUCAAGAAAAAGAUGUUAAGCAACAACAACAACAGAAUAUAUAUCCAAAAGUCGAUUUCAUUAAAGGAUUCCAAAGACAGCAACAACAACAACAACCAAAUAUAGAAAAUGAAAUGACUGACUCGUUUGCACAAUUUAAAUUGUCGAAUAUGAAAGAUUUCUUACCUCAACAACAACAACAGCCACCAAGAAGACAAUCGAUUUUUAAUAUGAGCAAUGAAAAUGUAUUGCCUUUGACAAGUAAUAAUAAUAAUAAUACCGCAAAUAAUGGGCCUUUAGCGUUCAAUUUUAGUACAAAUGCUAUACAUAAUAGUACUGUUAAUAAUAGUGGUGGUGGUGGUGGUGAUUAUGCCGUGGAAAGAAGAUCUUCGUAUAUAUCAGAUGCACUGAUUCAUAAUAAUCAACCUAAUCUAAUCAAUAAUGCACAAUUUAUUCAGCAGCAGCAGCAGCAGCAGCAGCAACAGCAACAGCAACAGCAACAGUACUACCAACAGCAACAUGUUUCGGCCCAACAGAAAUACGGUUAUUUGAAUUAUGUCAGUGGUCAAGUCUCUAAAAAUAAUACAAAUGAUACUCCUGUGGCUAUGACUACUUCCAAUAUUAUCCCAGUUACUGCAACUGCUACAACAAAUAGACUACCUCUUAUCAAUAUGAAUAAUAAUAACCUUAACAGUUCGAAUUCCGUCAUUAGAAAGGACUCAAAUAACGGUUUGAUGCUAACAGAAGAUAAACAACUCGCCUCUUCGGAGAUUUUGGCUAAAUUGUAUAAAGACUGUGGUGAACAUUAUUUCUCAAGUACUCAAGUAUAUGAAUUUGCAGACUAUUUGAAACAAUCUUUAUUGUCUAAUGAUAUUUCAUCUCCCUCAUUGAAACAAAUUCAUGAGCCAUUAAAGAAAUUUUUAAAUUUCUUAAAGAGUUGUAACCUAAAUUAUAAUCCCCAAUCUGAUGGUUUCAUUUCAGGUGAUAGACGUACUAAUAAUAAUAGCAAUAAUAAUAAUGGAGCUAUACGUAGAAAUAGCGUUCCUUUACAAUCUUCCUUUGGAAGAACCUCUAACACAGGAAAUAGUGCCUCGGCUUAUUUACAUUAUCGUCCAUUGGUCUUGGUUUCUUUGAAGAAUGGGAAAUUGGAAUUGUUAUCAAUGCCUGCAGGAGCAAAUAUGUCAAUGAAACGUGGUGAUUUAGUUCUUAUUGAUGGUGAUAGAGGGAAAGAUUUGACUUUAGUGGUAGAACCUGUAGUUUCGUUGGAUUUAGCAUUGAUUGUCAAUUUCUUAAAGAAGAAAAUACAUUUCGAUUCUUUAAUCACUAGCAAGACACAACAUUAUUCAAAUGAUAAAUUCAUUGAUGCUUUAGAAAAAUGUACUAAUGGAUUAAGUGAUUCAUUAAAUCCAAAACUUUAUGAUAUUAUUGAAUUAACGCAAUUGAUUGUACCAUCAAAACAAGUUUUAAGAUUUGCUACUCCAUGGGAAUGUAGUACUAAUUUGCAUAAUAAGUUUCAAGAUGAAUUGAAAGCAUUACAUAUUGCACAAUUGAAAUUAAGAGCAUUGAAUGGUUCAUCAUUACCUGAUGAGGAUAAUCAUAACAACAAUGAUUUGAUGAUGUCUCGUGGUUUAAAUAUUAAAAUUUUAAAUGCCGAAUUCCAAUUUGAUCGUAAGAAAUUAACGUUUUAUUAUUUAUGUGAAGAACGUAACGAUUUCCGUGAAUUGAUUAAAGAAUUAUUCAAAUUCUAUAAGACAAGAAUCUGGUUAUGUGCUAUACCAAAUAAUUUGGAUAUUGAUAAAAAAUAUUAUGAUUCUGAACAAAAAGAAUUAAAAAUGUACCAGGAUAUGAUGCAACAUUAUUCACAAGAAGAAUUCUCAGAUAAUAGCAAUAUUAAUAGUAAUAGUAAUAAUAAUGGAAGUGGAUUUGUUGUAGCUCCGCCAUUAAACGAAUUGCAAUUAGAUAAUUUCCAAAUUGCAGUAUAUCAAGAACUAGUACAACAAUUGUUCUAG